AUGUCUGAAGAAGUAAAAGAGGAAAGCAGCUAUUCAACUUAUUGAAAGGUUGCAAAAUCUUUAUUUACCCCUGUGAAAGAGCCAGCACCAAUCGAAGAGUUAAUGAAAAAAGAAAGGUGGCGUUUUGCAUUAGGCUACUCAGUCACCUUUUUUGCAAUUCCAAUAUUCACAAUUACAAAUGGAUGGGCUUUUAAAAAAUUCUGUGGAUUCCAUGCUAGGCUUCUCAGACUGCAGCAUAAAUCUCCAACACAGCUAGCAUUGCUUUCAAUAUUUUUUGCGACAGUGUACACAUCUCUUGCUAUUCCUUUCUAUUAUAAAGGGCUGCUAAGAAUUUUUGGAUUAACUGAGCUUUAUGAUAUGGCUGGAGUUUUUAGUGAAUAUUACUUAGAUGGAGGAUUCAACGAAACUAAUGAAACGAAAAAUAAUGAAGAAACUGAGAAAAAAUCAUAA